AUGAGUGUCUCUGGGCUGAGCCCCCCCAGACCCCUGGGCAGUGUCUCUGGGUUCCUGCAAGUGGCCUCCCUGCUCAGCCUGGUUCUGCUGCUGCUCAAGGCCGCCCAGCUCUACCUGCGCAGACAGUGGCUGCUCAAAGCCUUCCAGGAGUUCCCGUGCCCUCCUUCCCCCUGGCUCUAUGGGCACAGCCGGGAGUCAGGAAGGAGCGGGAUGGGAGAGUGGGACGGGAAAGGCCUGCUGGUCCUUCAGGGACCCAAGUGGUUCCAGCACCUCAAGCUGCUCACGCCUGACUUCCAUUAUGAUGUGCUAAAGCCCUUUGUGGCCCUGUUCGCUGACUCCACCCAUGCUCGUGGGCACCCUGCCAGGCUCCUGGAGGACAAGUGGGAGGAGAAGGCUUGUGAGGAUAAGAGCUUUGACAUCUUCUGUGAUGUGGGCCACGUGGCGCUGGACAUGCUCAUGAAGUGCACCUUUGGCAAGGCAGACACUGGCCUGAGUCACAGGGACAGUAGCUAUUACCACGCGGUCUGUGAGCUCACUCUGCUGACACAGCAGCGCAUUGAGUCCUUCCAGUACCACAAUGACUUCAUCUACUGGCUUACCUCCCAUGGCCGCCGCUUCCUGCGGGCCUGCCAGGUGGCCCACGACCACACAGACCAGGUCAUCAGGGAAUGGAAGGCAGCCCUGCAGGAUGAGAAAGAGCAGGAGAAUAUCCGGAACCGACACCUGGACUUUCUGGACACUCUCCUGAGGGCUCGGGAUGAGCUCGCCGAAAACCUCUCAGACACUGACCUGCAGUCCAAGGUGAACACGUUCCUGUUGGCAGGGCAGCACACCACGACGGGGGGCAUGUCCUGGCUCCUCUACCACCUGGCUCUGAACCCUGAGCAUCAGCAGAGAUGCCGGGAGGAGAUCAGGAGCAUCCUGAGAGACAGGUCCUCUAUUACCUGGGACCAGCUGGGUGAGUUUUUGUCCACUAUUGUGCAUCAAGGAGUCACUGCGAUUGGCCCUCCAGUCCCAUCCCUUUGCAGGGAACUCAGCAAACCCAUUACCUUCCCAGGUGGAUGCUCCUUGCCUGCAGGUCUUUGUAUUCUUUCCCUAAGCAGUUCCUGGAGACUGUGGGAUCCUCGGGACCAAAGUGACGAAGGCCAGCAGGUUUCUCAACUCUCAGAGGAGUCAAAAGACAAUCCUAAGGACAGCUGGCUUAGGGUUGGGCACCUGUUAAGAGCUCAGUGGCUAAUGUUUUGAUCAGGUGGGUUUCGGAGAUUUCCCCGAAGGCACACAGCAUUUGCAGCAAAGCUCUGCCCGGAACCGGUGUUGCCAGAAUCCCAACCCAGGCUUUCUUCCAUUUUGGGACACUGUUUCUCAGUUCGUUCUUG